AUGUGACGGCAAAACCAGGAAGUAAACAAUCGCCUGACGUUUCAAAAGUUCAGUCUGCUUUUAUCAGAGGAACUUGGGAUUCUGGUAAACUUCCCUGGAUCGGAUUUCCCUCGCAUGUUUUAUUCAUCUUCUUAGCGAUCGUUGAACAUAACGUUGCUCCAUGGCAAGUUCGUUUCCUGAAGCAGCGGAGCUCGUGGCAGAGGCUCGCCGUUUGUAUGGACAGGUGUUCGGGGAGGAGGCUCCCCGGGUGGCGGUGUGUGCUCCUGGAAGAGUGAACCUGAUUGGAGAGCACACUGACUACAACCAAGGACUUGUGCUUCCAAUGGUAAAAUGACAACUGAUCAGCCCGUGGCAAACCGUGAAUAUACCUGAGAUUAAUUUGGAAGGUGGAGGUGAAAAGAGAAAUAAUUUAGGUUUGUGGUGAUUAAAGGGAUAUUCCGGCGUAAAAUUAAUUUAGGGUCAAACACACCGUAACACCGAGUUUGACACUCCCUGGAGAGAUGAAUGUUGCCGACCGCUUGCUUCUCUAGUUAUACCAACUUUAGCAACGACCACAGGAUGGUGAUACAUGCGUAAACCUCAACCAAAACGCCACUCUGUAGUCACAGAUAAUGCUCAGAACAGCACCUAACUUCAUCAACAGUACAUAUAGGGUCCCAGCCACAACACUAGCCACCAAACAUCUUUUUAACUUUGCCUAAUUUCUUUAGCAAAGAGACUAAACACAACUCACCUACUCUCCUUUAGCAGCUGCUCGUUUGUAGUGAGACCUCAGGCCAGUCCAUUACGGACUGCUGCGGGGUGACGCAGCUCAAGGAAGAACAUUUAUGAUCAUUUCCUAAUUAUUUCCUUGAAGUAAUAAUCAUCAUAUUAAUCAUUUGCGCUGCAGACGCAGUAGUUCUUCUGCCUUAGCGUCUCGGUCUGAUUGCAUUUCCAUGAAGAAAUGAUCAUAAAUGUUCUUCCUUGAGCUGUGUCACCCCGCAGCAGUCCGUGAUGGACUGGUCCGAGGUGCCAAACAAGCGGUUGCUGGAAGGGAGUGGGUAAGUUGUGUUUAGUGUCUUUGCUAAAGAAAUUAGUCAAAGUUAAAAAGAUGUUUGGUGGCUAGCACUAUGGCUAGGACCCUAUAUGUACUGUUGAUAAAGUUAGGUGUUGUUCUAAACAUUAUUUGUGGCUAUAGAGUAGUGUUUUGUUUGAGGUUUGUGUGUGGCUCCUCAGACUGCUGUGUAUUGAUACCUGUGGUCGUUACUAAAGUAGGUAGGAAAGCAAGCAGUUGGCAACAUUCAUCUCUCAAGGGGGUGUCUAACUCAGUGUUACAGUGUGUUUGACCCUAAAUAAAUUUUACGCCGCAAUAUCCCUUUAAGCUGUGAAGUUCAGGUGUAUACCUUUAUAUAUCUUAUUUUUCACAUUAAAGGGGUUUGUUGUCAUGACCACACAGGGCUAUGUCUUUAUUUUUGGUGAGUCAGGCACUCCCCCUUGUGACAGUGGUGGUCGGGAGUCAAACCUCUGGACAAGAUGUUACCAUAGUAACAGCUACUAAGGAUGCUGACGAGCCUCACAGGGUGAACUUCAGGCUGCCAAGUGAUGGAUCACCGCUGUCUCCAGGGUUACCCAGCUGGGCAAAUUAUGUGAAGGGAGUUAUACAACAUUACAGAGGUAAACAAACAUUAAUGGUUAUGUUUUUGUGCAGUUAAUUUUUCAUCUGAAGACGUCGAUCAGGACUAAAUAAAGUAAAUGUUUUCUUCACCUUCUAUGUGUAAAUAACACAAAGAAGUUUACAUGAUAAGUACUUUCUGUGUUUUUUUCCUGCAGCCUCCCCUAUUCCAGGUUUCAGAGCUGUGAUCAUCAGCAGUGUCCCUCUGGGAGGAGGUCUGUCCAGCUCUGCUUCCCUGGAGGUGGCUUUCUACACAUUCCUGCAGCAGCUCAAGCCAGGUCAGAAACUGCGGCUGCCCCAGUUAGUGAGACAGGGUGGUGUCUGUACAGUCUGUUUUGGCUUUAAAGAUGAAGUAUUACUUCUACUGUUUUAGUCAAAGUUUAAAGUCAAGUUAAAAAACAGCAACUUUUAGAUACCACUCUUCUUUCUCUACAUGAUUGGAUAAUAGGUUCACACAUAUAUAGAUGUUACAGUUUUUCAACUCUGUGUUGGUUCCACAGAUGAUGGAGAGAAGGUACCUAAAGCACUGGCCUGUCAGCAGGCUGAGCACACCCACGCUGGGGUACCCUGUGGCAUCAUGGACCAGUUUGUGUCUGUUCUUGGCAGAGAGGGGCAUGCUCUGCUGAUUGACUGCAGGUAGGGUAAACAACCAAAGAAAGUUAGUCCAUCAACGAGUCCUCAAUUACAACGUUUCAUUACUUGACUGUGACCAAGUUUUUAUUUCUACACAUUCACACCCACUAUGAUCAAUCCAGUUUUCUUCCCUGCUCCGACUCAGGUCUCUGGAGGCCACCCCUGUCCCUCUGGCAGAUUCAGACCUGGUCAUUCUCAUCACUAACUCCAAUGUGAAGCACUCUCUGGCCGGCAGUGAGUACCCUGUGAGACGCCAGCAGUGUGAGAAGGCUGCCUCCAUCUUGGGGAAGGACAGUCUCAGAGAUGCUACCAUGAAAAACCUGGAGGGUAUGAUGCCUUUAAUCAUUUCCUUUUUAUCUUCCUGAUUGUGUUAUUUUAUUUUUCUCCACUGUAAUGACAUCCUGGACGCCCAUCUGAUAACAGUAACAAAUAUCUGCAUGCAAGUGCCGCUUAUUUGUUCUCUAUCAAAUAAGUUUACAAGAGCAGCAUAUACUGUUGGUGUGAAAUCAUGGAUCUGACGUCCAUUCAACAAAUGAACAUUUGUAAAGUUGUUCUAUUCUCUGAAGCACAGACCCAACCAAAGUUAGACUUUCCUUUUUCAUUUAUCUUCAUUAUUGCUUUUUUAUUUCUGCCUGUUAAUCAGAAGAAAAUUUUUAAAAGAUCAGUUUCCCUUUUUAGGUUCAUUUUGCUGAAGUAAGCCAACAUGAUGCCUCUGUGUAAUUUUCUUCAGAGAUCAACAAAGUUUUUCUUAUCUUAUAAAUAAAGAUUGAUUGUUUUCAGGCUAACUGCUGGUUAAACUGAAAUACUGCAAAUACUUUUUCUUUACCAUAAUUCAGAGGCAUGAAUUACUAUUAAAGGACUGCCAACAAGUUGAGGUAUUUUAGCCAAACAUGUUGUUUCAGCUUUUCAAACUUCCUCAAUAUUUAUGAUGAAUUGUUUGCAGUAAAACAAGCGUAAAUUGUCAGAUUCCCCACAUCACAUUACAGAGUUGUUUGGUUUCAAAGCUAAUUCAAUUUUUAAAAAAAAAAUUAUUGAGAAUAUUUAAUGUUUAAGCUGCUUAUAGGAGGGGUUUUUUUUUGCGUUUGAUGCUUUUCAUAAUAUCCAAAAGCAAACAAGUUGAUUGCAUGUUUAAUGACAAUUUUAUUGUAGUUUUUUAUUACUGAUGUGAGAGGGUAGGCGUCAGCUGAGAAGCUGCAAAAACAGCCCUGUUUUUACAUUUUACACAUAAAAUAUUCACAAUAAAUUAUACAGUUGGCUGCCUAAAAUCUGCAUGAUGAGUUCUUUUGGGUUAGAAGUCACUUCUUCAACAUGUAGAAGAGAAAACAAGCAGAGACUUUUUUGUCCAGAGGGGGCGCUAAAUUUUAAACACACCUCCUCACAGGAGCUUUAAUCUAAAGGAGUUUACAGAAUGAGAAAUACCGACAUGCUUAAAUAUCAUGCCUUUCCUAAUGUAACAUUGUAGUCCCAACAAACACACACUAAUUGAUGUUUUUUUAAUUACAAAUUACAUUAAAUAUUUUACUGAGAAAAUACAAAAUAAAUGCAUAUGUGUAGCUUCACAGCAUCUGAUUCACACGUUAUUUUGCAGAGGAGUUAAGAUCGCAGUUUUCUUACUUUUGGUACACAGAUCAAAUCUGUAUCGUGACUCUUCUCCCUCCACUCUCUUUUCAGAUGCAAAGGACAGAUUGGACGAUGUGACCUAUCGAAGAGCUCGUCAUGUGAUCGAGGAGAUAGAGAGAACAGUCCAAGCCGCUGAAGCCCUGAAAAGAGGAGCCUACAAAGAGUUUGGAAAGCUUAUGGUGGAGAGCCACAACUCACUGAGGUACAGUUUCAGCACUUGUUUUACAUCUGCUUCACAUCUGUUUCACCUUGAGUCACGAGGCAGGUGAGCUUGUAACCUGACGCUUCUGUGACAGAGACCUGUACGAGGUGAGCUGCAGGGAACUGGACGAGCUGGUGUCUGCAGCCAUGGAGGUGGAGGGGGUGUUUGGCAGCCGGAUGACAGGUGGAGGAUUUGGUGGAUGCACUGUGACAUUGCUGCAGGCCAACGCCAUCGACAGGACAAUACUCCACAUACAGGUAAAAACACACGUAUUAACCAUCAAAAUCAAAUGUUUAAAACGUUUUCUGCAGUUAGUUAAAGCUUAAGUGUGCAAACAUAAACAAAGGUUAAUGUGUCAGAGGGAGACUUAAAAGAAUAUGCUUGUAAAAGUUAUUAAUUAAUUGGUGAUUCAUUUUAACUGACUAAUUUACAUGGUCCAGAGUGUGACAAACAAGUUAUUUUCUGGAUGCAAGAAAGUCUCUGUAACAUAAGAAUAUGUUUCUAUAAAAUCCCAAAAGAAACGUUAUAUCCCGUUUUUCCCAGUAAGACAUGAAAUUUAUAUUCCUAUCGUGUCAAACAUCUUGAAGGAAAGCAUGCGAUUAUAUUUCUUCAUUUGCCGUCUUUCUAUUCAUUUCCUUGGAGAUGUAUUCUGAGAGGAUAUUGCACACCUGCAAUUAUGUUGUCAACAUGUCCUACAGGCAAUGAAACAUGAUUAAGCACUGUUCUAUUAGGCCUGAAGGCUAUAAAAGCCAUAACAUCUGCAAACAACAGUCCUGCCUCCCAUGCAUAGGUUGCCUAUAAUAAAUCAAUGUUAGAGAAAACACUGAAAAAGUGAACAAGCACACAGAAAACUGGCAAUGAAUGAUAUAUAAAUACAGCUCUAAUUCUGAAAAAGUUAUGACUCUGUAAAAACAGAUUUUGGUAGUUUGUGAAUCAUUUCAACCACAUAUUUAAGUGGGAAUAGUACAACAUGCUAGAUCUUAACACAUGACUCUUUCUGCAACUGAGGAAUCUCCAGUCUAUGAAACACUCAGUUUGUAAACAUCUGAAAACUACAUCAUACUGGAAGAUUUCCUGGGGAAUGAAGUGGGUGAAGACUGGUUUUAGAUUAUGAACAGAAGCACUGUUUGGGGCACCUGCCAGUCCAGUAUAGCCUGGGACUCUUCUAGUGCAGAGCCAUGCCGAUGUUAUAUGUGCAGAAUGUGUUAUGGCUUUGUCUUUUUGAAAUAUUUGCAAGGUCUUCGUUCAAAAAGGCGUAUCCUGGAUGGCAGCACAUGUUGCUACAAAACCUGUAUAUAUUGCUCAGCAUUAAUGGUGUCCCCCUAGAUGUGUAAGAUGCAUCCCCACACAAUCACUGAUGCUGGGUUUUGAACUGUGUGCUGAUAACAAGCCAGAUAUUAUCCUAACCCUGAGUCAUAAUGCCUCAUUCAUCAGUUUUGAUGCAUUUGUGUGCUGCAGGAUGUCAUCAUUUGUUGUAGGCAUGAUAGACUUACAUUUUUUAGCUUAUUAUUCUCAUCCAGCUUCAUGACACAGCCAAUGCUGCUGAAGAAUUGAACUUUUUCUGAUUUUCUGAUUGUGUUUGGUGGGAAAACUUUGUGCUCCAGAGGGUGUUUAAAAUGAAGAGUGUUUGCGGACAUUGUUGAUUUGUUCACAGGGAUGAAAAAAACACUUCUCAGUGUUCUGGCUGUCACUUUAAGGGGGGCAUUUCAGACAAAUUACCCAGUCCCCGGUGUCUUGCUCAGACAGCUCCAGUGUGUGUGUGUGUGUGAGUGAGUGUGAGAGAGAAAGAGAUCGGGGGUAUGAGCUGAGAAUAAUAGCGAGCUUCGUGGCGACAGAGCCAGAAGUGUCCAGUUAUUAGCAUGCUGGUCUGGUCACCGAGGCCCUGCUGCCUUUCUGCUUUCACACAGUCAGAUUUUGGGCCUGCUGUUGGCUGGCACUGCACUGAACCCUGCGGAAGAGACAUCAGCAAAAACUUAUCCACAGAAAAUCACAGGAAAUGGCUAUAUUCAUGAGGAUGACAUGUUUGCUCUGAGGAACAGUUAGAGGGAAAAGAUCAGCUGUCUUUUUGAACUCUGGUUUUGUAAAUCUUCAGCUUUGGAAACAGACUUGGCAGAUUUCUGAACAUCUUCCCUCCCCUGGCGGUAUCCUGGUUACUACAGUGGCUUGCUAGCUGUCAAAAGGAAAAAGUCUCUUGGGAACAAAAGAAACACUUGAACCUUCCUCAUCCCUCGGUCCUCGGCAUUCCUGAGCAGAGUGGAAGGAUCCUUGUCCUCCGAACAGCAGCGCCACAGGAUCAGAAAAAUCACUUCAAGAUGCUGAAUCUCAACUCACGGGUCGACAACAGCUACAGGAACUCUCUCCAGGACCCGGUGUCCCUGAAUGUCGGCGGGGAAAUUUACACCACCACUCUGGGCACCCUGACACGAUGUCAGGACUCGAUGCUGGGUGCUAUGUUCACAGGACAGAUCCCUGUGCUCAGAGACAACAAAGGAAAUGUUUUCAUAGACCGUGACGGCAAAGUGUUCAGGUACAUCCUGAAUUACCUGCGAUCCAGCUCUCUGGACCUGCCGGACGGCUUUUCAGAGUUGGCGCUACUCCGGAGAGAGGCUGACUUCUUCCAGAUACGCCCCCUGUUGGAGGAGAUUCACCAUUAUGAAGCUAAAGUUCCUCUCAGCCUCAGAGGAGGGCCACUAGGAGCCAUGAUCAUGGUGAAGGUAGAUUCAAAGGUAUGUGCUUCAAAGUUAGUCCAAUAAGCCAUGUUUGAAUUAAUCUUCAAUUACAAGAGCAAGAACUUGUAGGAACACAGUUGCUGCAAAUUACAAAAAUGAGUGGUUUAAAGCUGUGGGCAAGAAUGAACAAGAUUCAAAAGUCAUCCAGAUUUAUAAUACACAAGUUUACAGAUGAUAUCUUAUUUCAUAUAAGUUGAUAUUUGAACUAACAUUUAGGCACCGUCACACCCUCAGAAUUUAAUUUGGCCUCACAGAUAGAAAGCUGCUGGUCUAUUUCUGCUGAGACUGGUUUGUUUGUGUUUAUGCAUAAUUCAGACAUCUGUCUCUGUAAGCUCACAUUCAGCCCAUUGUUUGUGUACAAACUUAUUGAACCUUUUAAGGCCAAUGUCACAAUGGCAUCAGGGUAUUAGGAGGAAGCAAAAAGAAGUAGGCAAACACGUGUCCCCACCAUAAGGUAGGAGUUAAGGUAACCUCUAGUGAAAAGGCAAUCUUUAUAACCAAAGGAUCCGUCUCUUUAUUAUACAAAAAUGUUAAACUAGGAUGUCAAUCUGAGCCUGUCACCAGAAAAAGGUUUUAUUUAAAUGGGUAGUCAACUUUUUUUAGUGUGUUUGUUUGAGGUACUCAUCAUUUGUGAGUGUAUUACCCAAAAUGGAUCCUGAUAAACUCUGCACUGAAGUAACAGCAGUCCUUCAGGAAUAUCUGUGGCUCACAUGCAGUUGCUGUCUGCAUCAAUCACCAUCCAGAGUGCCUGCCUCACUGAUGCCUCCUGUUACCCACGUUUUAAUUUUUUUUAAUAUAUCUAAAAAAUAAAAUAACUGAAAAAGGAGUAAGUCUCCUAAAUAAGUUUUCCACUGUCAUUUUUGUUUUUAGUAGCACAGUGACACAGCUCAUGGUCCACAUGAUCUGUUUACUUUAUUAAAAUACACUGUGAACUGUUGAAGAAGACUGAGCUGAAAUAACUAACUACAAAAAUUACUGUAUCAGUGCCAUAAGGUUCUGACUUAGUUGUAAAUUGAGAUGUAAAAAGAGUAAAAUUCAUGAUUUAUCAGAGUACAGGGAAUGACUCAAGUUGAUACAUACAUUACAGACCUGAACAGCUGAUCUGUGGGCUGCAGGUGGAUGAAUGUUUAAUGGGGUGUGAGGGUAGGGCAAAAUAGAUGGUAAAGUGAUGAAAAUUUUCCAGUGCUUGACAUUGGUGAUUGGGUCAGUUUUUGUCGAAAUGAUUUAAAUUACAUGGUAGAGCUGAGUGCAUCUUUAGAUGUUGGUGGCCCACCUUCUGUUCUGGUCCUACUGCUUGUUUUAGAGGAGCCUAGAUGACUCUGAUCUCAUGUUGGUAAUACACUACUAUGAUUUAUUUUACUGUAUAUUAUUUUGGUGCUUUUCUGUGUCUCUACUGAGAGAGUUUUAUAACUACAGACAUCACCAGCUUUCAAUAACCUUUUGGCUCGUGUUUAUUGUAUACACUCUUCAUCAGCAAAUGUUGGUACAUCUGUUUGUAGAGGCACAGACAGACCAGUUCUGUGUUUGUGUACACUCUUGAAAACAUGUAGUCAGCAUUUUCCUCCCUCUCUUUGCAGGUUCGAGUUCUCCACUUCAACUUAAGACAUGGACCAGAAAACUAUGAGCUCCGCACAUGCUCUGUGAGAGCCUUCUCAGUUGACCUCUUCUGCACCUGGACGGCCUUCCUGGCUCUGCUUUGUGAGCACUUUUCCUACAGAACAUCUCAGGGUCUCACAAGCCCCCAUCCCUGCAACCCCAGGCAGAACAGGCUGAAACUGGAGUGGGUGCCUAGACCCGACGACCUCCCACAGGAACAGUAUGACAAGCAGCGCUACAGAGGGCUGACUGUCUCCCACCCGCCUGAGGUCGCCCAGACAGACGACAUCAUGAACCGGCAGUGGAGCCCCUGUGAGAUCACAGACAUGCAGGCGUUUAUGGAGGAGCUGCUGAAGGUGUCUCUGGCUGAAGGAUUCAAGAUCGACCUGGUGGUUCCUGAUCCAGCUGAAGUUCUGUGCUGUACAGCUCUGCGACUCGUCAAGUGCUGAAGACUGAGGAAAUGAAAGCACUGAAUUCCAGUCGCUGACUCUAAUCUUUUAUAUGUUUGAAUAACUCUGUAACAUUAAAGUGAGAAACAGCUUCGGCCUUCAUAGCUGUCAUAGAUUUAACCAAAACAGUGCAUACGUUGCGUUUAUUACAAGACUAUCUGUGAAAAAACUAACAUUUCAUUGACAUUUAGGCCUAACUUUACCUUACACUGACUGUUAAUCUAAAACGCUGCUCAUUAUUUUUGUUAAUUUAGUCUGUUGGAAUUCCAUAUACUGUCUAUGACUGUUGUUGACAUGCUGCAGACUAAAUAUUUGAGUAACAAUGUGAAAUUAGGAGUUUUAAUUCAUUUUACUGUGAUGCCUUUAAGAAGUGAUGCAAAUUAGACUAUCAGUAACAAAACAAACAAUACCCAAGUUGUGAUUUUUCAUUCCUGAAACGGCUGUUGGAGCGAAGGUGUCAGGCCACAUGGAUUGUUGUAAUAGAGAGGACAGUAUAUGACAAUAACCCAGUCAUGAAACUGAAGAAGCAAUUGUAACAAAGCUCAAAUUUUGUUGCUGCAGACAUGAUUUCUUUGUGAAGUAGGACACAUGAGCAACCAAACCUGAUCAAGUCUGGAGAGCCCCUGUAGACCUGCCCUUUUUGGACACUAACAUGCACACGUUUAAAAAACAUGACUGCAGAAAGUAAAGGUAUAGCGACCAGUAAACCUGUGUAUAAAACAGACCUCAAGUCAGUGAACAUCUAGAUGGUAAAAAUAUUCAAAAGUUUUUCUUUUAAAGUGAUAUGGUCACUGAGAUAAGCUCAAAGUAUCUCCAUGCUGCACACAGCUGCGCAGUGAGCUCUCAUCCUGAUGAAGCUGAAUUCUUUCCACACAUAUGACGAGCUGGAUUGAAAAAGAAGAUCCUUACCAGGUUAUUUUUGGAGUUGAUUCAUGAUAGAUGUGACACAAGUUUUGCAGUUUGUAUCCAGCUUAUUUACCAGAGCAAGCUAGCAAAAAGAGCAUGGGGAAAAGCACUGUUGUGCAUGACGACACAGCCUUAGCUUACAAGGGCUAAGCCACUAACAGUCCUAGGUGCAUUAUUUUUAAGUCACUUAGAGAUGGAAUUAUCUUGAUCAAUUAAGUGUUAAAGAGUAGCAUUAAUAAAUACUCCAUAAAUACCAUCAACUGACUGUCAGAGCCAGUGUUACUGAAUCAAUGAUGAUUUGAAGUAGGGUUAUUUGCAUAGAAAAGGCCAUAUUUUGCUCCAAAAUGAUUCCAUAUUAGCCAAUCAAUGUAUGCGAACAACUCCAGCGCACAGAGUCACUAUUUGCAUGACAGAGCAGUUUGUGGAGCUUAUACAAAAGAUAACUAUCCUUUAGUGGGGGCCUUGUGUAUCUUAAAUGGCAUUCUUAAACAGCGUUUACCCUAAAAUCCAGUAUAUACAGUAAGUUGCAAAGGUGUCACGCUAAGGCAUGUACUGUCUGAUGCAGAUUGUGUCCCUGCGUUUGUUUAACAUUAAGGAUACAUUAAGGUGAAGGUUAAGAUGAAGUUAUAGCUAUUUUAGGUCAAGGACACACUUUUCAUCACUGGUAUAUGAGAUGCGGUCUUUUUUUCUGGGGAUAUCCAGAGGGAGCUUGAGUUCAGCCUACAGUGGUAUUAAUAUUUGUGAAGUAUAGAUGGUCCAACCACCCUUCAGCUUAUCACUAGUUGUAUUAACCAAACCUACAGUCCCCAUGGUUUAUUGACUUCAUAGUAAACCAUUGUUUAUUUAAAUGAAUGGUUAUUACCCAGCAAGAUAUGUGUUCAAAGGUGGUACCUCUAGACAUGUAUGUUAUAGAAUGUAUCUGGCUUCUUUGAGUGUCAACUUUGGGUAAAAUACUGUAAAACAACAAAAUACCUCUGACUGCAUUUCACACUGGUAUAUCGGUCACUGCAAGACAUUUCUUAUGAUGUGUAGCUGCAUUAGGAGGAGAUGUAGUAGUAAAUAUGGUCAUUGCUGUAUACCUUAACCUUUAGCCUGAGAUUCUGUUUGACACUAUUGUGUUUUUUUUAUGUUUUGUAUUAUAGUAGACAUGAAUAGAAAGAUGAAAACUGACUUGGUCAAUGAUUAAAGUGCUCCUAGUUCCUCUGAAUAAACUCUGCACCCACACAUUUACAGUUGCUCGCACACCCUGCUUCAUGAUUAACUGAACCGACUGCGCUUCCUUGUGGGAGGGGUGUAUCCGUUUGCCCUUUGCCUGCCUGCACAGGGGGUGAGAUGAGUUAUGGUCUCUAUGUGUAAUUUUAGUCCUGAGGAAGCUGUAGUAAAGGAAGUUUGGAGGAGGAAAAGACAUGUCUUGGCUAAAGAGGAAAGGUGUCUGGUCGCAAGUCUUUCCUUUUGCUCCCUCUUUGAACUUCCUCUGUACGACUGUGAGGAUGUGACGAGCAGAAUAACGUUAAACCCCUCUGGAUAGAUGGUUUGAUUGUAACAUUUAUCCAAAUUAUGAAGGGAAUUAUGCUCAUAAAUUGUAAAACUAUGAUUUAGGAUUUGGGGAUUUGUUGUAGAUUGAUGGUUCUUGAAUUCUCCUCUGUGAACUCAUUGUAUGUUUUUGCUUAUUUGUCCUCCACAGGAGCGAUACAGUGGAACCCCAACUUUCUAUGUCACAACUCCGUCAGAGGGAGCUCGAGUUUUGAGUCUGUCCUGAUGUUUGUCUGCAAAUCUUCUAUGAGAUCGCAACAGGUUCAUUCCUCUAAUAAGUCUUAAUUUGAUGGAGCCUGGAGCUCACUGGAAAGCAUUUUUUUAAUGACAAAAGUGCCUUCACUGUAAUCAUUGCCUUUCUGUUACCUCUGCAUUACUUUAAAGCAUCAUGUGCCUGUACCAACGGCCUAACUUCAUACUGUGUCCGUGUGACCUCCAUGAAAUAAAGAUAUUAAGAAAAUGAGAAAUUUUGCAUUUUGUCAAAUAAAUGUAAAAAGAUUCCCAGAAAGAGUCUUCUUUUCAACAAA